UCUAUCUGAUUUUAUUUGCUAACAUAUCACACAGAUUUAAACAUUUCUCUCGCACUCAAACGUCAGUACCGGUUGCCUACCGGUCAAAAUUUUUAUAAGAAUGACCGGUCAACCGGUCGGUCCGGUCUGCAUAUGUUCACCGGUAACCGGUGACCGGCCGGUACCGGUUAUGAUUUUGUUGACCGGUUGCAUCUCUGGACUAGGGGCUAUAAACCCUAAAAGUUUAAUAAACUUCGGUCAUUUGAUCUGGAAGCUACCGCCAAAAAUAUAGGCCAUGACGGAAUGACUCAAAAAAAUGGACUUUGACUUGCACAGAAGGGUAAAGAAAGCAAAAAGUCAGCGGAACCAAAAGAGCUUUGAAAAACCUUUCUGUAGCAAAAUUGUAGCUCAGCCAAUGGGCUAUAUGUGGAAAAAAGGGAAAUUCAAAAAUUGGGAAAGAUCCCCUGGAGACUCAAUCCUCAUUUGAUUUCUGUCACGUUAGACUCAGCCUCACUUAAUUUUGGACUUGACACAUAGUUUUUAGAGCACAUAGUUUUGAGCCGAGCUGAAAAGCUUGAAAAUACUUGAAGGAUGUAAAAGCUUGAAAAAUCCUUCAAGUUCGAGAAACCUUUAAUAUCUCGGCUCUAGAUCGAUUUGAAGUCUUCAAGUAAUUUUUCUCUAAUUCUGCGUUUGUGUGUGGCCAUUUUCGAAGUUAAAGCCUGCCAGCAUGUCCCAAACCAGCCCUCUAAAGAUUUUGAACUUGAAGAAUUUUUCGAGUUUUUACAUCCUUCAAGUAUUUUCAACUUUUUGACAUGGAAAAAAUUUUUGAAAAUUUUUUGAAGGAUACACUUCAUUAAUCAGGUUGAUGUGCACUAUCUAACGAUGUAAAGCUACAAACUAAUCUAAAAUGGCAAGUAUAUAAUUAAGUAGAUUAAAUAUUUCGACAAAAUGAAAAGUGUCUCGGCUCUGAACGUUCAUACAAAUACAGCUGUUGUACAAACAGCCCAAAAAGUCAAUUUUGGGGCUAUCUUAAACGUGUGUCUAAAAGAGUAAAGACGAGCUGGCAAAAAUUGAACAAGUAUACCACUCUGUAGAAAAUUAUUUGCUAUACAAGAUGUAAUAGCUUGUCAUUGUGUGAUAGCUAAUUAAUCUGUAUCAAUCAAAGAAAAACCGUGACGGUGUGACAAAAACUGGUCAAAAGUGUCACAGCGUCACGGUUUUUCUGGUCGAUUGAUGGUUUCUUGCGUAAAUCAGUUCUCUUUUAAUUUGUAAGGAUGACUCUUAGCUCUUUUUAGAUUAUUCAGUCUCACCGCAAUCGUUCUCAGCAGUUAUUGAACAGGCUCCUCUAAAAUGUUUAUUUUCUGACUCAUCUAUUGAGGUUCUGCUACGGCAGUGCUAAAAACUUUUUUGUCAUAAACUAGUAUAAUAUACAGUGUUUGACUUGUUUUCGAUUCCUAGUUAGGAUUAAGCUAUUUGUCUUUUGGAACCUACAAAAUGCGACUCGAAAAGAAAAAAGAAAAGUUAGACCGAGUACCCGACAAGUUCGUCGAAUUGGUGCGUCUGACUUUGGUGCUUCCUUGGAUUUGAUGUGCUUUUAACUGCGUUUCUCAUCUUGGUUUCUGACCAUUGUUUCCUUUGGAAGUUUUUGUGAAAAAAGAAGUUAGGCGUCUACUUUAAAACAAAAUAAACCCAAACGCUUCAGCUGGAAGUGCAUUACAAAGUCUUGGGAAACACUUCAGGUCCUUUUUGGACGUUGAUCUCUGGAAAACUCCUGAACGUUGUUUAUUGAGUAGAGCAGUUCGAUCAACAUUAUUAUAUAAUUUCACGUUAAUAGAUGGUAAUGGUGGAAAUCCAAUUCCAAAUUCUGCUUUAAUUAUAAAUGACGAAGGUUUUAUCGUAAAUAUUAUGGAUAUGAAUUUAAUUAGUAACAAUCAGAUAGAACAAUCUUAUCCAAACGUUAAAUCAUUUAAUUUGAAAGGAAAAUUUGUUAUACCAGGUUUAAUCGAUGCUCAUACCCAUGCAAGUUCAGAAUGCUCUUUUUUGUUAUUUUUUAUCAGGCCUCAAAAUGCAACGCAUAUGGAUAUUUUAUUGUCGUUUGCAUUAAGUGGCGGCAUUACUAGUAUGCGAGAUAUGGGUGGUGAUGUACCAUUUCUACUCCCUUACGCUUCACUUGGAUUCUUACCAAAAGUUCCCUAUCCAAGAAUAUAUUAUUCUUGUUUAAUUGGUGGACCAGACUUCAUGCUUGAUCCAAGAGUACAGCAGGCUGCGCAUGGAACAGUACCAGGAACAACAGGAUGGUUAAGAAGUAUAACUAAUACAACAGAUAUUCCUGCUGCUAUUGCAUCUGCAGUUGAUAUUGGUGUUACUGGUGUUAAAAUUUAUGCUGAUUUAGAUCGAAAUUUAACUCUGGCGGUUACCAAAGAGGCUAAAAAACAAGGUCUACGAGUAUGGACUCAUAGUGCUAUUUUUCCAACCAAACCAUCGGAAGAAGUAACUGCUGGUAUCGAAGUAUUAUCACAUACAGCCUACUUUGUGUUUGAAUCAUAUGAUUCGAUGCCUCAGGAUUAUAAAGUUCGAUUUAAUGGUGAUUACGCAAACCAUCCUUAUAAUUCUCAAAAUAUUACUAAUCUUUUACAAAUGAUUAAACAGGCUGAUGCCAUUUUAGAUGCUACUGUUUAUGUUUUUACUGAACCUGAUUCCGUUACAGUUCAACGAGAGUAUUCUACUUUUCGUUCAUCUGCACCCGUGCCAUCUCAUAAUUCCGACACAGAUUUUCCCAAAAUCGGCCAACAGUGGAUUUUCAAUGUGACUCGUGAUGCUCAUGUAUUAGGUAUUCGUAUUUCUGCAGGAACAGAUGAUCUUGGUUCAAGUGAAUUAGGUGAUAAAUUUCCUAAUAUACACAAAGAAAUUGAACUAUUUGUACGUGAAUGUGGUUUUAGUCCACUUGAAGCAAUAACAUCCGUUACAAAAACAGCAUCACAGGCUAUUGGAAUAGAUAAAUAUUAUGGUACCAUUGAAACAGGAAAAGUUGCUGAUUUGGUUAUAUUAAAUAAUGAUCCUUCUAUUGAUAUUACGAACACAAGAAAAAUCUAUACCGUACUUAAACAAGGAAUCUUUUACCCUAUAUCAAAUGGAACAGUAUGA